CAGGCGGUUUCUGUCCCAGGUAUGCGAUUUUGGCCACAAAUGCUCGAAGUGCAGGGGAAUAAACAAGCAGGCAGGUCCUGCUCACUUGGCAUCUUCUGAAAUGCAGAUCUAACCGCAUCCGGAAACGAUGAUAGCAUUUCGAGUCUAACCAAACAUCCUCAACCUCUCUCAAGAUUGAUCAAGGACGAUUCAGCUAUCAAUGCCGGUCGAUCAUGGAGAAAGCAUCAUAAGUUACAGGGGCAUCAUUUACGAUCACUGUUGACCAGAACGCCAACACCCGACUUCGAGGAUCAUGGCGCUCACCCUGUAUUUGUUGACCUUCAAUUGUGCCCGAACCCUUGUCCAGCCACACGCCUUUGCUCCACACAUGUUCGAUGCUCUGGAGCCAGACACACGGUAUCCAGAUCUGCUCGUUCUGAAUCUCCAAGAGAUUGCGCCCAUAGCAUAUGGGUUCCUCGGCGGGUCGUUCUUGACGCCAUAUUUUGACUGCUUCAAAAAGGUGGUCAAGUUGGCGGCCAAAGACCAGAACUAUGUUCACAUUCUGUCGCAAAACCUAGGAAUGACUGGAAUCAUGGUCUUUGCCAGAGAAGAUGUGGCGGAUAACAUUAAUUGGACUCAAACUGCUGGCGUGGGCCUGGGCCUGGGCGCAAUGGGAGCGAAAGGUGCUGUGGGUGUUCGCCUAGGAUACCGCAUCGGAGACUCAGAAGAGGUCGAGCUCACUUUCGUGGCAGCCCACCUUGCAGCGAUGGAAGACGCGCUCGAGCGGAGGAAUUUUGAUUAUCAAAGCAUUGUUCAAGGAUUGGUCUUUGUACAGGACCAUCCGGCUGGAGAAGAUGAGAAUGCUCCGCUUCUUCAAGGCAAUGCGCAACCAAAGCCAUUAGAAAGUGGCAUUUAUUCCACCACAUCACAUCUUUUUCUCGCGGGCGAUCUCAACUACCGCACGUCACUCAUUCAACCGUCACCUCACGACGUCGAACAUAAAUUCCCUCAACCAGCAAAGGAAGAAGACGACCCGAGACAUUUUAUUCAUCUACUGGCGGAGGACCAGCUCACUCAGCAGGUCAAGGCUGGCAAAGCCUUGCACGGAUUGACAGAGGCGCCAAUUGGAUUUCCGCCGACAUACAAAUACCGCAACGUGGGUGACAAGGCUGUAACUCUGGAUGGAGAAGGAGAUUGGCAGUGGGCACGUCAUCGGUGGCCGAGCUGGUGCGACAGAAUAUUCUUCUGGAAAACAGAGCAUGUCAAAGUGGAGCCUGUCAGGUACACGUGUCUCCCACUGUUUGCAACCUCGGAUCACAGGCCCGUUGUGCUGCUUGCUACGGUGCCAUUGAGAUCGGUGAGUGGAGCGGGAGUGAGUGAUUCAGCAACAGCACCGUUCCCAAUUGACCCUCAGUGGAGGAGCAAGCGAGCAUUGGCCAGGAAGAAAGAGUUGGCGGUGGGACUUUUGGCAUACCUUAUACUGACUAAGGAGGGUGCUGCUCUUGCACUGGCAACGACCGUGGGUGUGGUGGGGGUAUGGAUUAUUACCCGAUCAAUAUUGGUGUUGUGACGCAGAUGCCAGGGCAAACGGCCACGCGAAAAUGGUUCCACCUACCAUGCGUACUCAUCGACAGCUUCCAGUAUCGCGUCUGCAAUGUGACAAGGUUGAUCUUCUGCAGGCCUGGCUUCUCUAUGGGAGUUGCAGGGGUUAGAGUCCGCAUAAGACCCGGUGAGCUUACCUCAUAACCAAAGAACAACUAGAAUCUUUUAAUUAGGCGGAUUUCAACAAUGUCGAUUUUCGGAAGGAAAAAAAUUGUUCUAGCCGGAAGCUUCAUUGGUCCUACCAGAGACGAGUUCAACGCUGGCAUGGCUGGGGCACCGAUAGCAAAUUCUUG